AUGAAAAUGAGGGAAAUAAAGAUCGUGAAAAAGGCGGAAGUCGCGUCGUCGCAUUCUGGACCGGACGGCGCAGCCAAGACGAAGCAACUGCGAGGCUCGUCUAACGCGCCCUUCAUACCCUACAGAUUUGUCAUAACGCUACUGUCGGCGACAGCCUCAUUCAAUCUUGCUGCAACGACAAGAGUAGAAUCCCCGCUUAGGAAAGGUUCGCGUGGAGUUGGGUUCGAGGCUGAUGGUGUCGCAACGCGAGCGGGUGGUGGCCACUCGUUUCUGUCAUAA